GCCAGAUUUGUCAAUAAGAAGCAUGAGGUUUUUUGUGUUAUAAAUUUGUAUUAACCGCUUUGCUUGUGACCGGCUAACCAGGUCCGGCUAGAUUUCCUAACAUUUACUACCGUCGAUAAGAUGGGAAGCUUCUUUGUUUAAAGGCGAUAUUGUGGAGGUUCAGCCAAACCUGUUCAACCUAGAUGAGAAAGAUGUUGUUUAAAAGGUCAAGUUUUGCUUAGAGGCAUAUUUUGAGAGCAUGGGAUUACCUUUCGCGUUACUGCUGCUGGUUGGGACAGCUACCUGUUCUAUCAAGUUCGACGCCCCCUUAGACUACAACCUAUUUUUCUGGCAAGGAUUCAACUCCUUACAAUACAACUUGGACAUUCGUAUCCCACGUGACUCCCGCAGAUUUACGAUUGAGUUCUGCACUAAUGUGCUCUGUACCAUGGACAAAGUGCUUCACUUCAGGGCGCGGUUCGAUAAACAGCACGUGGCCAGGUCGCAUCGGCUGAAAGGAAAAUGGAGUUCGGAGCUGACAAGUGGAGUGAUGCCUUUUGAGAGAGGGGGCGAAUUCUCCAUGAAAAUUAUCACCGGGCAGUCUAGAUUUGAGAUCUACAUUGACGACGUAUUAUUCUGCCAGUAUAAUAGCGUUUUUCAUAGAGAAGCGCAAUAUGUUAUGAAGAUUUCUGGAAAAGUGGAGAUUACACAUUGGACUGAAUUUGUGGAUAAAUCAAUGACUUCAUUGAGAACGAAUAGCUCAAAAGUAGAAAAGAAAAAAGGGUGA